AAAGAAAAUAAUGAAUUGGGUGGGAAUUAUGAAAGUUCUAGUGAAUCAGUUAGAAAUUGUGAAGAUUUAAACAAAUUAGUUGUAAAUUGUGAAGAUUCAAAUGAAUCAGGUGAAAGCUGUGAAGAGUCAAAUAAAUCAGGUAGAAACUGUGAAGAGUCAAAUGAACUUGUUAGAAUUCGUAAUGAAAGUGAAAGGUCUGGUCAAUUUUUUUGUAAAAACGAUCUUAUUUUAGAUUUUGGGGAUGAAAAUUUUGAUGAGUAUUAUAAUAAUUCUGAA